ACAUCUUAGGAGCUAGCAAAUUAUAAGUGAACUGAGACCAUAUCAGCUACUAAUAAUAGAGAUGGUGCUUGUAACAUCUCAGGUUAGAAAAAUGUGUAGGAGAUACAAACCACACAGUCUCAUGACUCUAGCCCAGGUUGGUUACACAAUUUUGUACUUCCUCAUGGAAGCUUCCUUCAAUUGCGGGCUCAAUCCCCAUGUUUACACUACGUACCGACAUCUCGUGGCCGGCUUGGUCAUGUUCCCUUUCGCCUACUUCCUCGAAAAAAAAUUGAGGCCAAAGUUGACAUGGGCACUGUUUCUGGAGAUACAAAUCCUUUCACUUCUAGGGAUCAGCCUUACUCUGAAUAUGUAUUUUGCAAGCUUAAGAUACACCUCGCCAACAUUUGUGGCCUCUAUGGUCAACACCGUUGCUUCGAUGACAUUCGUAAUCGCUAUUUUUCUUCGGUUGGAGCAUCUCGAUGCGAAGAGCCUUCGAGGGAUGGCGAAGAUCGUCGGCACGGCAGUUUCCUUGGCCGGCGUUACGACUAUGACAUUGUAUAAGGGACCAACAGUGAGGAACCUCUGGAGGGGAUUAAUUCAUAUACAAGGGGGUGUCAUACAUGAGGAAUGGGUGAAAGGAGCAACUCUUAUUGUUGCAAGCUGCAUAACUUGGUCCAUGUGGUAUAUCAUGCAGGCAAUGACAUUGAAACGAUACCCCGCGCAACUUUCGCUCACCACAUGGGUGUGCAUCGUCGGCGGAGCACAAUCAGCCAUUUUCACUGCAUUUAUAGAGCAUAAACCAUCAGCAUGGGCCAUUGGAUUCGACAUCAAAUUCUGGUGCAUCAUAUAUUCAGCAGUAGUAUGCUCUGGAUUGAUACUCUUCAUCCAGUUAUGGUGCACCAAAGAAAAAGGGCCAGUUUUUGUGACCAUGUUCAAUCCCCUUUCGACUGUAAUGGUGGCAAUGCUAGCGUACUUCAUUUUUGGCGAGAAAUUACACACAGGGAGCAUAAUCGGUGGAAUUAUCGUCGUCGGCGGCCUCUACACAUUACUGUGGGGCAAAGACAGAGAUCAAGAAGCCAGGGAAAAAUCUGAAGGAAAUUCUGAUUUGGCUUAUGAGGAGCAGGGUGAAUCAAAUUGUGUUUCUGACACAGGUAAUUGUGGAAAAGGCGAUGGCUCAAAGGAGUUCCAUGGUAUCUAAAGCAAGCAUUGGAAUAUGCAUGCAAUGUAGUGUCUCAGUAGUAAUACAUGGAUUAUUUAAAAAUGAAAGCAUUAUUCCAAUGCUUUACAGUUGAUUCUAAUUAUCAAAAACUUGAAGUUU